AACCCUAAUUUCUAGGAGGUUUGUCCCCAUCACCGCCGCCGCCCGGUCUCGAUCCACCUCGGGAUCCCCUUCUCCUUGUCUUCCUCCACCCACCAACCAGAGUAGCCAGACCCGCUCCUCGUGCUUGAGGCCUCCCGAGCCGCUCCUCGCCGGACUCCUCCCGCAGCAGCUCUAGCCCCGCCUCGUCGCCGUCCAGAGCCACCUCGUCCCCGCACCCCCGAGCUCCCUCACAUGGCGGCCUCGCGCCACCAGAGUCAAGCCGCCGGCAAGCUUCGCCGGAGAUGAGCACUGACGCCCCCUUCUUCUCCUUCCCAUGCUCCUCCCGUUUUCCCCUCUCUGAACCCUCUGUUUUCUGCCCAUCUGCUGUAGGAGCAGGUACGCCCUGGCCAGAAGCACGCCAGGCACCAUGGCCGCCGAAGGAACUCCGCCGCCUCGCCGAAUCCUCGCCUCCACCUCUCCCCUGCGUUGCCAGGAGGCAACCAGGAGCUCGCCAUGGUUGCCCGCAACUCCCUCGCCGUCGUUUGCACCAGGCCGAGCUGGGAGACGGACGGAUUCGUCCUCCCGCGCCCAUCCCCGUCGUUCCCGCGCGGAACCCCUCCACCAAGGUCCGUCGCCGUUCGCUGCAGCGCGCGUCGCCGGCCUCUGCUUCCCCUGCAACGAGCAGCAGCCACUGCAUCGUCUCCCACCUGCGCCCGUUGACCGCUUCAACCUUCCACGUGGGCCCCGCGUCGCCAGCCAGCUCCAAGGCCCAGCCUGCUUCCCCUCCAGAUCUGGCCUGCUCCAGAUCUGCCCCAGCCGCCGCCACCGACCUGGGCCUCAGCCCAUGCUUCGGUUUCGUUCCGGAGUUGUGAGGAUCCGUUUGACUACGUUCGUUUGUCUUCUUCAUGGACUCGUUCUUCUUCCUUGCGGGAUCUCAGGCAAGA